AUGGGUUCAGCAGGGACAGAGUUGGAGCAGUGCCAGCAGCAGGCGGACGAAGUGACGGAAAUCAUGCUCAACAACUUCGACAAGGUCUUGGAGCGUGACGGGAAGCUGGCCGAGCUGGAGCAGCGUUCAGACCAACUCCUGGACAUGAGCUCAGCCUUCAGCAAGACAACCAAGACCCUGGCCCAGAAGAAACGCUGGGAGAACACUCGUUGCCGGAUCUACUUGGGGCUGGUGGUGGGCGGUGGUGUGCUCAUCCUCCUGAUUGUCCUGUUGGCCGUCCUUCUCCCACAGAGCAGUGGGAGCCACAGUGCCCCACAGGCCCAGGAUGCAGGCACUGCCUCGAGGUCUGGGGCCUAGCCCAGCUGGGACCGAGGGAGAGGCCCGAUGGCUGAACUGGCCGGUUCUGGUCUCCGGAGAACCCUGGUGUUUGCUCCCAUCUGAGCCUCCCCAGUGGGAGCCGAAGGGCAGCCCUGAUGCGUGCACCUCUGCGUCUCCCGUCAUGCCACAGACUGGCCCUCGAGGGCAGCCUGCUGUACUGGCCAUGCCAGUCCAGCCCCACCUGGAGCUCAGUAAAAGCUGCUGCUGUUUGGUUAAAAGCUA